CUGGUUUUUCUCCCUCAGGUGAACUUUACCGUCGACCAGAUCCGUGUCAUCAUGGACAAAAAGGCCAACAUUCGUAACAUGUCUGUGAUCGCACACGUCGACCACGGGAAGUCCACUCUGACGGAUUCUCUGGUGUCCAAAGCUGGCAUCAUCGCCUCGGCCCGCGCCGGAGAGACACGUUUCACCGACACGCGCAAAGACGAGCAGGAGCGUUGCAUCACCAUCAAGUCAACUGCCAUCUCCAUGUACUACGAGCUGAGUGAAAAUGACUUGGCCUUCAUCAAGCAGAGCAGGGAUGGCGCCGGCUUCUUGAUCAACCUGAUCGACUCUCCUGGGCACGUUGACUUCUCCUCCGAAGUGACCGCUGCCCUCCGUGUCACCGACGGGGCCUUGGUGGUCGUGGACUGCGUCUCUGGCGUGUGUGUGCAGACCGAGACUGUGCUCCGUCAGGCCAUCUGCGAGCGCAUCAAGCCAGUCCUGAUGAUGAACAAGAUGGACCGUGCCUUGCUGGAGCUGCAGCUUGAACCCGAAGACCUUUACCAGACCUUCCAGCGUAUUGUCGAGUCAGUCAAUGUGAUCAUCUCCACCUACGGAGAGGAUGAGAACGGACCAAUGGGUAACAUCAUGGUUGAUCCAGUUAUUGGAACAGUGGGCUUUGGUUCUGGACUCCACGGCUGGGCCUUCACCCUGAAGCAGUUUGCUGAGAUGUAUGCCGCCAAGUUUGCUGCCAAGGGCAACGCCCAGAUGACAGGGGCCGAGCGCUGCAAGAAGGUGGAGGACAUGAUGAAGAAGCUGUGGGGCGACAGGUACUACGACACCGAGAAUGGAAAGUUUGUCAAGUCAUCCAUCGGUGCUGAUGGAAAGAAGUUUGCUCGCACCUUCUGCGCUCUGGUUCUGGACCCCAUCUUCAAGGUGUUCGACGCCAUCAUGAACUUCAAAAAAGACGAAACCGCCAAGCUGAUCCAGAAGAUGGACAUCAAGUUGGAUGCUGAAGACAAGGACAAGGAGGGGAAGCCCCUCCUGAAGGCGGUGAUGCGGCGCUGGCUGCCCGCCGGAGAGGCCCUCCUGCAGAUGAUCACCAUCCACCUGCCCUCCCCCGUCACCGCCCAGAAGUACCGCUGCGAGCUGCUCUACGAAGGGCCCGGGGACGACGAGGCCGCCAUGGGUAUCAAGAACUGUGACCCCAAGGCUCCUCUCAUGAUGUACAUCUCCAAGAUGGUCCCCACCACCGACAAGGGUCGCUUCUAUGCUUUUGGCCGUGUGUUCUCUGGGUCUGUGUCCACUGGCCUGAAGGUGCGCAUCAUGGGACCAAACUUCGUCCCCGGAAAGAAGGACGAUCUCUACUUGAAACCCAUUCAGAGGACCAUUUUGAUGAUGGGUCGCUACGUCGAGCCCAUUGAGGACGUGCCCUGUGGCAACAUCGUGGGUCUCGUCGGAGUGGACCAGUACCUGGUCAAGACGGGAACCAUCACCACCUUCGAGCAGGCGCACAACAUGAGAGUGAUGAAGUUCAGCGUCAGCCCUGUGGUCAGAGUGGCUGUGGAGGCCAAGAACCCCGCUGACCUGCCCAAGCUGGUGGAGGGGCUGAAGCGGCUGUCCAAGUCGGACCCCAUGGUGCAGUGCAUCAUCGAGGAGUCCGGUGAGCACAUCGUGGCUGGAGCCGGAGAGCUGCACCUGGAGAUCUGCCUGAAGGAUCUGGAGGAGGACCAUGCCUGCAUUCCAAUCAAGAAAUCGGAUCCAGUGGUGUCCUACAGGGAGACGGUCAGCGAAGAGUCAUCCGUCAUGUGCCUGUCCAAGUCGCCCAACAAGCACAACCGUCUGUUCAUGAAGGCCCGCCCCUUCGAGGAGGGCCUGGCCGAGGACAUCGACAAGGGGGACGUCACCUCCCGGCAGGAGCUGAAGGCCCGCGCCCGUUACCUGGCCGACAAGUACGAGUGGGACGUGGGCGAGGCCAGGAAGAUCUGGUGCUUCGGACCCGACGGCAACGGCCCCAACCUGCUGGUGGACGUCACCAAGGGGGUGCAGUACCUCAACGAGAUCAAGGACAGCGUUGUUGCUGGAUUCCAGUGGGCAGCUAAGGAGGGAGUCCUCUGUGAGGAGAACAUGCGUGCCGUCCGCUUCGACAUCCACGACGUGACCCUGCACACAGACGCCAUCCACCGCGGAGGCGGGCAGAUCAUCCCCACCGCCCGCAGGGUCCUGUACGCCUGCGAGCUCACAGCCGAGCCCAGAAUGAUGGAGCCCGUCUACCUGGUGGAGAUCCAGUGCCCUGAAACCGCCAUGGGUGGAAUCUAUGGUGUGUUGACCAGGAGGCGUGGACACGUGUUUGAGGAGGGGCGGGUGAUGGGAACACCCAUGUACGUCAUCAAAGCCUACCUGCCUGUCAUGGAGUCGUUUGGUUUCACAGCUGACCUUCGCUCCAACACCGGCGGCCAGGCCUUCCCACAGUGCGUGUUUGACCACUGGCAGAUCCUCCCCGGAAACCCGCUGGAACCCACAAGCAAGCCUGGCGUGGUUGUCCUGGAAACGCGUAAACGCAAGGGUCUCAAAGAGGGCGUCCCAGCCUUGGACAACUACCUGGACAAAUUGUAAAAGCCUGGAGCCCAGUACACCCUUCUCUCAUUCCUCCCUUCUCAGCAAAUGUACGUUUUAUCUCGUGGGACCGGACUGUACAGACCACAGUGAGCACUAAUGUUUGCCAAAAGUAUCGACCAUAAUAAAAGAAAUGACCACAAAAAUUGUAAACAAUGAAUAAAAGAAAAUAAAAACUUAACUAUC